CAUUUCUUUCUCCACUCGUACAACACACACACACACACCACUCCUGUCCUGCUGCUACCACCACCAUCCGAUCCGGACACCGGCCCGGCGGGCGUUUCUCUCUCCUCUCCCCCCGCGCUUUUAUAUAAGCCAUGGGUGGCGCACUCGGUGCCGGGCAUCAGCUGCUCGCCAAGAAGGCCAGGCCAUCCAUCUCUUCUUUGUAGUAGUGCGCGCUGCUCGCUUGCACUAGCUAGCCAGCGGCGCACAGCCACAGUGCACCACCUCUCGCCGCCGCAGCAGCAGCAACGGGAGCGGCGAGAAGCUAGCUAUAGCACAGCGAACUCGAGCCUGUAACUCCCUUACACACAGUAGAGAAGCAGUACAGCCGCCGGUAGAGAUAUAUAGACAGCGGCACCGAGAGUGAGAGAGGCAUCAGCCAUGACGAUGAGGCAGUCGAGGUUCAAGAGGAUCUGCGUCUUCUGCGGCAGCAGCCAGGGGAAGAAGCGGAGCUACCAUGACGCCGCCAUUGAGCUCGGCAACGAGCUGGUGGCCCGGAGCGUCGACCUGGUGUACGGAGGCGGCAGCAUCGGGCUGAUGGGCCUCGUCUCCCAGGCCGUCUACGACGGCGGCCGCCACGUCAUCGGGGUCAUUCCCAAGACGCUCAUGACACCAGAGAUAAGUGGCGAGACAGUCGGGGAGGUGCGCCCGGUGGCCGACAUGCACCAGAGGAAAGCAGAGAUGGCGCGGCAGUCCGACGCAUUCAUCGCCCUGCCUGGAGGGUAUGGGACGCUGGAGGAGCUGCUCGAGGUCAUCACGUGGGCGCAGCUGGGCAUCCACCACAAGCCGGUUGGGCUGCUGAACGUGGACGGCUACUACAACUCGCUGCUGACCUUCAUCGACAAGGCCGUGGAGGAGGGCUUCAUCAACCCCAGCGCCCGCCGCAUCAUCGUCCUCGCGCCCACCGCGCAGGAGCUCAUGGACAAGCUCGAGGAGUACGAGCCCUACCACGACAGGGUGGCGUCCACGCUCAACUGGGAGAUGGGCCACCAGCUGGGCUACUGACACUAUACUGCUGCUACCCACGCAAAGAGCCGCCAGAGCCAGCGCGGCAACGCCUGAAGCAGCCAAACAACGGGGCAGGCGAUUGCGACAUUUGAUCAUCGGUGAAUUAAGGAACAAGAUUAGCUAGCGCCGUCAUCGGAUUGGGAUUUUUCUUCUGUUUUUUUAACUUGAUGCAGAUCGGUUUGGAGUGCCGGCCGGAGGGGGAAAAAAAGAGAAGGGUUUGGUUGGUGUAGCCGGAGUACGUACGUACGGUUUUGUAUAUGAUGCCUUGUGUUUGCUUCCACUGGGGAUGAUGGAUAAUGGCUUGCAGUGUUGUCUGUAGUAGCAGUAAAAAGACUUGACCGGUUCGCCCCCUCCCUGGUGUACGUUCUAGUAAUAGUAUUAGCAGCCAGUACCUGCUAUGUAUGUUAGCUUCAAGAUGUAUGCUGAAUUCGAUUGAAUACAGCAAAUCAAACUCAGCAAGUGUGUAAUACAAUUCAGUGCAUGCAGAUCUUUUGGA